GGGCGCGGGUGGAGAUGCUCCAACCCCCGCAAAUCCCCCGAACCCGAUCCCCUUUCCCUCGCCGCCGUCCUUCCCCACGAGAUGCCGCCCGCCGAGGACGCCUCCGCUGCCGCCCCCCCGCAGGCGCCGACUCCGCCUCCCGCCCAUGGGAUGGUCGGCUCGAGGCUGCUGCUGCAGUCGCCGCCGCCUGCGUUCCCGCUCGGCUCCAACGACGACCAGCUCGAGCGCGCUCGCGCUCGCGCCAUGGCCCGCGCGGCCUCCGUCCGUCGACGCUCCCUUGCCGCAUCUCUCGCGCCCAAGACCCCGCAUCCCAACCUCCUCAACCGGGACGAGGUCAUGGACCUAUUCCAUAACUGCAUCAAACUCGCCUCGGAGAACAAAAUCAACCAGAAGAAUACGUGGGAGCUGGGGCUCAUCGACCACCUCAGCAAGAUCAUCCAUGCUGGGGAGGAGGAGGACGACGAGACCAACUUCCAGAAAGCUAGCUGCACGCUAGAGGCUGGCGUCAAGAUCUAUUCUCUGCGUGUGGAUUCGGUGCACUCUGAGGCGUACAAGGUGCUCGGUGGGAUCAACCGCGCAGGAAGGGGGGAAGAGGCUGAUUUGGGAGAAGGUGGCGAUGCAGAGCCUGCACAAGAAGAAGGCGUCAACAAAAAGGAUGUUGAUAGGAGGAUUUCACCUGCUUCGACGCUGGAGCCCUCGUUUGAGGCUCUUAAUGUGAAGAAGUUUGAUGCUGCCUUUACGGUGGAUCCUCUAUACCAUCAGACCACUGCUCAGUUUGAUGAAGGUGGAGCAAAGGGGCUCUUAUUGUAUAAUCUUGGAGUAUAUGGCAGUUGUUGUGUGCUUUUUGAUUCGUUUGAAGCGCCAGACAAAUGCAUCUUAUCUGAUCCUGAGAAGGCUGAGGUGAUUGAUCUUUCAUUUGCUAAAGAACAAAUUGAGCAAAUGAUAGUUCACAUGCCUCUAUCCAAUGACAUCUCUCCUACCUUGAGGGAUAUCAUGGCUCAGUUUGAUGAAGAGAAUAAAAGGCCAUCACAUGAUGCAUCUUCCGGGCAAAUGCUGGUGAUGGAAGAUCAGGUGGUUGACAGUAAUGAUGACAGCAUGCCACCUGAUUGUGGAACUUGGGAUUUUGGUGGUUGUGAUGAUCAGGACAGUGCGUAUGAUGAAAACUGCAACCCAAUGAAUUUCAACUCAACAAACUAUGAAAAGGGAACCGAUGACUAUGAGUACACUUUCCAGGGUCCAGACGGUCCUGAUGUAGAUGAAAGGCUCGAGAAAAUUGCAGAUUUGUUGUCACUCGGCGCGGGAUUCUCUUCCAAAACAAAUGCUUGGGCUGGACCCGAGCAUUGGAAAUAUCGAAAAGUUAGAGAUCUGGAGCCUGCCCAAGCUUCUUCUGGUGAUUUGGAAGUAGCAAAAAAGGCAAAGAAGAAGAAAGGCAAAGAGGAGCCUGAUAUUGAUUUCACCAAAGCAUUGGAACAUGAGAAGGCAAAUGUUUUUGCACCUCCCAAGAACCCAAAAUCAUUGUUGCUGCCUGCAAAUAAGGGUAGCUGCAACAAUAAACUUCCAGAGGAUUGUCAUUACCAACCCGAAAGCCUUGUUAAAUUAUUUCUUCUUCCAGAUAUUUUGUGUCUGGCUCGGAGAAGAAGAAAACCACUUGAUGAUUCAAGGGGCAACAGCGAUGACUUUAUGCCAUCCAGACAUUGGGACGAUGAUGACCUGGGCAAUGAUCAUGUUGAUGAAGGGGAUGCGGCUAGUGAUGUGGAAGAGCCAGUAAAUCUUAUUGCCAAACCAAGACAGGUCAAUAAGAUCGAUGUACAAUAUGACAAGGUAUCGAAACAAGUCGAUGUUCAUGCCUUAAAGGAAGUGCUCUGGAAUCACAUUCAUACAUCUGCUAAGACUGCUGAUCUGGAAAGAGAUGGCAUAGAACCGUCUCUGUGCCUGACGAAGGUACUGCAUGAUCUUCCAUGCAGUAACAGAGAUGUUUCAACGACUGAAAUCUCGCCACACCUCUAUUUCAUUUGUCUCUUGCAUCUGACAAAUGAACACAGCUUGACGCUGCGCGACUGCCCGACGUUGGAUGAGAUCGACAUAUACAUUCUGACUUCACCGCUUGUGAAGUAAUCUCUGCUCGUCUGAUAUUUUAUUAUGCUACACUGCAUUUUGUAUCAUGUAUUUAUUUAAUGCCAUUUCUAAUUGAUCGGGAUUUCCCAGGAUGUAUAUGCUAACCUGCAAGUGCUUGAUGGCUAUCUGUAAUCACCUUUCGUGGCAUGGCUUAUGUGAUGAACAUCGACAUAUUUUGCCAUUUUUUUUAGCAAACAUGUUUUGCAGUUCUUUUUCCACAUGUAUCUCGCCAAUAGCAAGAGAAUUAAUGGUUGAUCUUUUGGUUGA